GCUCGUUUUUGUUUGGUUUUGCAUGUGAUAGAUGAUAAUUUACUUUUGAUAAGAUAACAUAUUUAUCACGAAAUGUGACUAUUUCUAACAGAAAAAAUGUUAAUCACUAUUCUGUGAUAACUGUGUAAUAAAUGACUGGACCAUCAUAACUGUUUCAAGUCAGGGAACAGUGCCUCGAACAUAACAAUGAAUCAAUACCAGACAGAAAGGAGAUUAACUUGGUGUUAUGCGGGGUUGGCGUUACUUCUCGCGUUGAGUACAAUUUGCAUAGCGAUACCUUUUAAUCACUGGAAAACAACGCUCGAUGUAUGCCCUGGAGGUUAUUUUGAAAAUACUAACUGCGGUUGCAUAUUUUUUGGCGUAAGUACAACACAGUACUUCAAUGGGGGCCACAAUUCGUACUGUUGGUAUGCCGUAAUCGCACCUAUACCAAUCUUGGUCUACGCAAUAUUGCUGUUCCUGUUCCACAUGUACAGAGUAUGUAUCAGCGACGUUGGAAAAUAUGAGGAUGAAAAGUCUACAGCUAUGGAGGAAAUUGAAGGAGAGUCCAUAGUGGUUUCAACCCGUCACCAAGUUACCCGCCAUAAUGACGCAGUUAUCUACUGCUGGAUCCCAACGUCCUGCUUUGCUGCUAUCUUCUGUAUUUACAACAUCGUCCAUGCAGCAAUUAUCACCAAUGGCUUUGUCAGGACCUGCACUCAGUAUAGAGGGUUCCUAGCCAGGGAAAUCCAUGCUGCAGGGGAUCAUGUAACCGUCAUACACUUCCGUCUGAUGUGCCAGGCAAUAUAUGAUUUUAUGGACUACAUGCAGAAGGAUACACUUAACAGUCGCCUUGGGACCAUCAUCAAUACAGGUGUGUCAUUACAGCUGGCUAUUAUUGCAUCGUGGGUCUCUGUUGUUCUCUGGGCUGCAGUCACUGUGUAUACCGCUAGACGAGCUUAUAGAGAACGCACUGUUUUAACCUGCUGUGGAAACUAGUCUGUUUUCGUAAUUUUUUUAACACUUGGUUACAUUAUUAGCAUGUAUUUACCCAGUACCAAGUAACUUAUUAUAUUAAUGUUAAAGACCAAUGAAUCGACUCUAAGCAGAAAGUAUUAAAAUUAAUUAACUGAGAUCUUACCUUUAUAAAGCAAAAGAGUAAAUGCUGUAUAAUGAUGUAUGUGGGGCGCACUAUAACU